GGAGAAUGCUGCUCUGGAAGCCGACCUGCACACAAUGACGGGGGAUCUGGAGCGCGCCGACCGUCUCAACCGAGAUUCUGUUACUCGUCAGAACGAGAAGAACGAUGAACUGUACCGCCAACUCAUGGAGAAGGAGGAGAAAAUUUUGUCUCUAAAGAACGCUGAGCGCCAGGUGGCAUUGCUACAGCAAGAAAAGGAGUCGUGGGAGGGCAACGUCACCGACAUCCGCUUGCGCUGUGAAAGCCGAGUGGAAUCGGAAGUUCGGAAAGCCGAUGGACUUCGCUCGCGGAUUGAGCAGCUGGAGCAGGAUAAGCUGUCCCUGAAGCAGCAGAUCGAUGCUCUCGAAGAUGAAGGAGCCAAGUGGAACGAGAAGAUGCACAUUUCCGAAAUCUCACUGCGCCAGAAAGAGCAAGAGCUGGAGGAGCUUCGGCGCGAUUUCUCUCGGGUUGAAGCCGAGCUGGCUGCCGCUUCCCAGUCCGUUGAAAGUGGGCGCCAAGAGAUCUCAAGCCGUGAGCA